AUGGUUAAAGAUGGAUACAUCACAAAAGUCAGCCAGCCGACUGAGUGGGUGAGUUCAAUGGUAGCAGCUGUCCGUAACGGCAAGAUAAGGAUCUGCAUUGACCCAAGCGACUUGAAUAAGGUAAUAAAGAGGGAACAUUACCCGAUGCGAACUAUAGAAGAGGUAGUCUCCGCAAUGCCUGGUGCUAAAGUGUUCUCAGUCUUGGAUGCAAAAUCUGGUUUCCUACAAAUAGAACUAGAUGAAGCAUCAUCAUUUUUGACAACCUUUAACACGCCCAUUGGUAGAUAUAGGUGGCUUAGGUUACCUUUUGGCCUAAAAUGCGCACCGGAGAUCUUUCAGCGUAUUAUGGAUGAGAUGCUUGAGGGCAUCAGCGGGGCAAUAAGUGUUAUGGACGACAUUCUCAUCACAGCACCUUCAGUAAAGGAACAUGAUGAGACCCUCCGCAAAGUCACUCAGAGAGCAACAAGCUAUAAUCUGAGCCUCAAUUUCGGCAAAUGCCAUAUCAAGCAAUCUUCUGUGACCUACGUAGGACACCUGAUAACAUCAGAAGGUCUGAAGGCAGAUCCAGCGAAAAUAGAGGCUGUCAAGUCCAUGCCAACACCGACGGACAAGGAUGGUGUUCGUCGUUUCCUAGGUUUUGUCACCUAUCUGUCAAAAUUCCUGCCAAACCUCAGCGAAGUCGACACACCUCUAAGACAGCUCCUGAAAGCAGAUGUGGAAUUUGCAUGGCAACCAGCACAACAGCAAGCGUUUGACAAACUCAAGGACUUGUGCACAAAGUCCCCCGUGCUGCGUUUUUUUGAUCCAUCCAAGCCUGUUGAGAUAUUCUGUGAUGCCAGCAGCAAUGGCCUCGGUGCUGUCUUACUUCAGGACAGUCAUCCAGUGGCUUUCUCAUCCAGGUCUCUGACAGAUACAGAAACGCGAUAUGCGCAAAUUGAGAAGGAGAUGCUCUCAAUAGUUCAUGCAUGUGUCAAGUUCCAUAAUUACAUAUUUGGAAACCAUGUCACAGUGUACAAUGACCAUAAGCCCCUGGAAGAUAUUUUCAGAAAGCCACUGCUCUCUACCCCCAUGCGAAUACAGAGAAUGCGACUCCGCCUGCAGUGGUAUGACCUGUCUGUAAAGUACAGACGAGGAAAGGAUAUGGAACUGCCUGACACACUGUCUAGAGCUCAGUUACCUGAAAACAAGCCAGAGAUGGAUGGCUUUGAGUGUGUCUCCAUGCUCAACUUUGUUUCAGUGAGUGAGCAGAAAUAUUCAGAGCUCCAGGACCGCACAAAGAAGGAGCUCAGCUGUCUUCAACAAAUAAUCCGACAGGGUUGGCCAGACCACAGGCGUGAUGUACCUAACGAAGUUCAGCCGUUUUGGGACUCACGAAGCCAACUUGUCGUUGCUGAUAGUGUUGUCUAUAAAGGUCUUCGUAUAGUCGUACCCCCUUCCAUGCGAGAACAUAUGCUGAAGCUUAUACAUCAGUCUCACUUAGGAAUAGUGAAGAGCAAGCAGAGAGCUCGCGAGGUCCUAUACUGGCCAGGCAUGAGUUCUGAAAUUGAGCAAAUGGUGAAGAAUUGCGGCAAGUGUGCAGACUUUCAGAACCGGUUACCUAGACAACCACUUAAUCCAACAGUCACGCCGGAUCUUCCAUUUGAAGAGGUAGCUUCUGACCUGUUUGAGUUUGAAGGAAACCAUUAUGUUCUGCUGGUGGAUUACUACUCAAAAUUCAUCGAAGUGGAGAAGUUGAAGGGCUUACAUUGUCGUGCUGUAAUAGAAAAGCUCAAGGCUCAAUUCAGCAGACAUGGAAUCCCAAUUAUCCUUCGAACAGACAAUGGUCCACAAUAUUCAGCGGAUGAGUUUAAGAAUUUCUGUCAAAGUUAUGGAAUCAUUCACAAAACAUCAUCCCCACAUACGCCACACUCUAAUGGUGAGGCAGAGCUUGCAGUCCAGACUGUUAAGAAACUUUGGUGUAAGGCACCAGACAAGCAUCUUGCACUGCUUGAUUACAGAACGACGCCAUUGGAGUCAGUAGGCCUUUCACCAGCUCAGCUGCUGAUGGCCAGGCGUCCCCGCAACAACCUGCCUGCUGCCCGUCUGCUGCUCACACCAGCAGUGUACGACCCCCUUAAAGUUAAACGGCAACUAGACAAAAACAAAAGUGUUCAGAAGUUUUACUACGACCGAAAAAGGGCAAGCCGCCCUCGUGCUGCGCUGAGGCCUGGAGAUGAAGUAAGGAUGCAACCACAUCCUGGCAGUCACACAUGGUCUCCGGGAGUUGUUGUGAGAUCACACUGUGCCCCAAGAUCUUAUGUUGUUGACUGUGGAAGCAGAGAGUUCCGUCGCAACAUUCAGCAUCUUCGCAAGAGCACAGCAGCUGCUAACGAGUCCCAUCACAGGCUUAAUGGUGAUCAGUGGACAGAGACACCAGAGUCAGUGAGUGUUGAGGAGCCAAAGUCUGUGUAUCAUCCUAAUUCAUCCCAAGCAUCACCUGCAGAACUCAAGACUGCUAAGCAGACUUUGUCAACUGGGCAAUACACUACCAGACGAGGCAGAGUGGUGAAGCCUCCAGACAGGCUCUGCUUGUAG